AUGGGCCUCGAAGACAACAGGCUCGUGCAGCGCUUCAUCAAUGUCGGUGAAAAGAAAGCAGGCUCCACCUCCAUGGGUAUCAUUGUUGGUGUCUUUGCUGCCUUUGGUGGUGUUUUGUACGGUUAUGACACUGGUACCAUUAACGGUAUCAUGGCCAUGGACUACGUGAAGAACCAGUUCCCUGGAAGCGACAACGAGUUCACUGCUUCGGAAACAUCGCUUAUUGUCUCCAUCUUGUCUGUGGGUACCUUUUUCGGUUCCCUUGCCGCUCCAUUCUUUUCUGACACCUUGGGUAGAAAGUGGUGUUUGAUUUUGUCCUCCUUGGUUGUUUUCAACAUCGGUGUCAUUUUGCAGACCGCCGCCACGGGCAUUCCUUUGCUUUGUGCCGGUAGAGCCAUUGCCGGUGCUGGUGUGGGUCUUAUUUCCUCCACCAUCCCAUUGUACCAGUCGGAAGCUGCUCCCAAGUGGAUUAGAGGUGCCAUUGUGUCGUGCUACCAGUGGGCCAUCACCAUUGGCAUCUUUUUGGCUGCUGUUUUCAACCAGGCCACCCACGCCAGAAACGACUCUGGAUCGUACAGAAUCCCCAUUGCCCUUCAGUUCCUCUGGUCGUUGAUCUUGGGUAUUGGUAUGUUUUUCUUGCCAGAAACUCCCCGUUUCUACGUUUCCAAGGAAAGAGAGGACAAGGCCUUCGAGGCGCUUUCCCAGCUUAGAAAGCUUCCUGCCGACCACCCGGAUCUUAUCGAGGAGUACAACGACAUCAAGGCCGCCUACGAGUUUGAGAAAGAAUACGGCAAGUCCUCUUGGGGCCAGGUCUUGUCCAGCAAGAACCACCAGCGUAAGCGUUUGGCUACGGGUGUUUUGUGUCAGGCUUUCCAGCAGUUGACCGGUGUGAAUUUCAUUUUCUACUUUGGUACCAACUUCUUCAACGAUGCCGGUGUGGACGGGUUCGUCACCACUUUGGCCACUAACAUUGUCAAUGUCGGUGCCACGGUCCCAGGUAUUCUUUUGAUGGAGAUUGCAGGCAGAAGAAACAUUCUCCUUGGCGGUGCUGCCGGAAUGUCGAUUUCCCAGUUUGUUGUGGCCAUUGUCGGCGUUGCAGCUUCGUCUGACUCCUCCAAGAAGGUGCUUGUUGCUUUCUCGUGUAUUUUUAUUGCCUUCUUUGCCGCCACCUGGGGUCCUUGUGCUUGGGUCGUGGUUGGAGAGCUUUUCCCUCUUAGAACCAGAGCCAAGUCGGUUGCGCUUUGUACUGCCUCCAACUGGUUGUGGAACUGGGGCAUUGCCUACGCCACGCCGUACAUGGUGGACAAGGACAAGGGUAACUUGGGCACGAACGUCUUUUUCAUUUGGGGCGGGUGCAACUUCUUGUGUUUCUUCUUUGCGUGGUACCUGAUCUACGAAACCAAGGGUCUCUCUUUGGAGCAGAUCGACGAGUUGUACGAGAAGGUUCCUCACGCCUGGCGCUCCCAGGGCUUCGUUCCUUCCGAACAUGCCUUCAGAGACGACGCCCUUACGGAUCUCCGUUCCGACACCAAGGCCGAGGCCAUCUCCAUCGAGGAAAGAAGCGUCUAG